AUGGGCACCCAGGAUCGGGAAGCCGCGGGUGUCCUGCUAGGGCUGCAGGCUAAUGGGGGUCCCUGCGCAGGAAGGAAGCCUGCUUCCGACAGACCCAGCGCCAGCAGGGAGUCCUCAGAACCCUGGGAAGCAGGAGACGAGCACGUGGGGAGAGAGAAAGGGGACGGACGCGCAGCAAGCGCCCUCUGUCUUCCCGGUGCCUCCCCUGGUUCAUAUAACGCCAGGCAGGUCUCCAUGUUCCCGGUGGGGGCAGACACGCUCACUUGCCCCUCACUCGCCACCCCGGCCAGUCCAUGCGAUUCCCAUGCCCGGGUGCUUCCCGUCUUCAAGGUGGGAUGGGUGGAGACGGUCUGGGAAGUCGCGGGGCGACCCUGGGGACCGGGGCCCGUGCUCCCUCCGUCCGACCUACUGUCUGCGCCCUCUCGGCGGGAGCCCGUCGACGAGCCGGGCCCUCCGCCCCCCACCCCGGCCACGGCACCGCCCCGGACGGGAGCCAGACGCGCAAGGCGAUCCCGGCCGGCGAAGUGUGCUGCCGCCGUGCGGUCGGCCCAGGGGGCGGCGCCGCGGCUCCGGCAUCUGUUUGCCCCAGGCCCGGUUCGGGUGGGGAAGAACGGGAGACGCCCUCGGGCACUCCUUCCGCGCUUCUCGGACGCUCUCACGGAUCGGUCUCAGCCCGAUCCGGGCUCGGCGGUAACAACUGCGAUGGUGAGCACAGGGCGGUGGGCCGAGUGCUUUUCGGCGUCCUCUCCUGCGAUGCGCGGAAGGCCCGUCCCCCGCUCUCUCCGGGCUCCUUGCCCCGCUUUUGCUGCCCGAGGCGCCAUGGACAGGCUUGUGGAGGAGCUGAGCGCCAGCAAUGGAGUCCUUGGAAUCCUCACCAGAGGCGGUGGCCACCCUGAAGUCCUGGCCGGGGAUGAGGAGGAGGGCAGAGAAGUCUUGGACUUCGGGGCAGGAAGCGGGAGCGGCAAAGCUGUGAAGGAAGGAGAGAAGCCUCGGGGGCCACGCCUGGCGGACAAGGCCGGCUGGAUCAAGAAGAGCAGCGGGGGCCUCCUGGGUUUCUGGAAGGACCGAUAUCUGCUCCUCUGCCAGGCGCAGUUGCUGGUCUACGAGAAUGAGGACGAGCAGAAGUGUGUGGAAACUGUGGAGCUGGGCAGCUAUGAGAAGUGCCAAGACCUUCGUGCCCUCCUCAAGCGGAAACAUCGUUUUAUCCUGCUGCGAUCCCCAGGGAACAAGGUCAGCGACAUCAAAUUCCAGGCACCCAGUGGAGAGGAGAAGGAAUCUUGGAUCAAAGCCCUUAACGAAGGGAUCAACCGGGGCAAGAACAAGGCUUUCGACGAGGUAAAGGUAGACAAGAGCUGUGCCCUGGAGCACGUGACUCGGGGCCGGGUACGGGGAGGGCAGCGGCGCCGGCCACCGACAAGAGUCCACCUGAAGGAGGUAGCCAGCGCGGCUUCUGAGGGGCUUCUGCGCCUAGACCUUGAUGUUCCGAACAGCGGACUGUCGGCGUAUGCCCCCCGCCAUGAUGUCAGUGCAGCCCAGCCCCGGGACACACCCAGGCCCCCCAUGCCUCCCGCCAAGCCUUCUCCAGCGCCUGAGACGGCCAACCUUGUUGACGGGGUGGACACCUCUGUGGGAGAGAGAGCCCCAACACCUGUCUCGGCAAGCUCUGAAGUCCCCCUUGAGAGCAAAGAGGACACAGAGACCCCAGUUGCGGGGGACGGUGGCUCUGAGCAGCUCCCCGACGGCAUCCUGCCUGACAAACUGAAGGUGAGCUGGGAGAACCCCAGCCCUCAGGAGCCCCCCGCUCCAGAAGGGGAAGAGCCAUUCCGGGCACCCUGCCCUGAGACUUCUGAGACUGCACCCAGGGAGAGUGGGACGCCCCCCACGCCACCGCCCAAGGUCUUAUCAGAGAAGCUGAAGGCCUGCAUGAGGGAGAAGAGGGAUUCCGGGCCAGCCCAGAAUCCCAGAGCCACUGGCGACUCUGCUCCAAGCCCAGCACAGGUCUCAGUGAACGGUGUGGAAGACCGUCCCCAGCCUGCCGAGCCAUCCCCUGCUGAGGACACCUCAGGAACUCCCCCAGGGGAUGGAGCGGCGUCCACGGCACUGCCGCCCCAGGGCUUGCCCCCUCAGUCCCAUCCCCGCUGCUCCUCUCUUGGGGACCUGCUUGGGGAAGGCCUCCGGCGUCCACGGCAGCCUGUGGAACGGCUGUAUCGGGCCCAGCUGGAGGUGAAGGUGGCCUCCGAACAGACGGAGAAACUGUUGAACAAGGUACUGGGCCAUGAACCGGCCCCUGUGAGUGCCGAGACAUUGCUCAACCAGGCUGUGGAGCAGCUGAGGCAAGCCACCCAGGUCCUGCAGGAGAUGAGAGACUUGGGAGAGCUGAGCCAGGACGCACCUGGGCUGAGGGAGACACAGAAGGAGCUGGUGGCCCUCUAUCGGAGAAGUGCACCCUAGGGCCUGCUGGGCCAGAGACUCAGUCCCUCCCGG